AAGACGGAAAGUGUUGUCCAGGAUUACCCUGUGCGGACUGCAAAGGCUAAUCUAGGACGACACUUUACGCACAUGCAUUAUGCCCAGUUUUCUCAGAACACAACUCAUAUUUGCAAACUGUUGCAAAUCAGUGGCUUAACUGUGGUUCUGGUUUCCUUUAUGCAGAGUAUAUUUUGUGAAAAUAUGGGCUCCAAAUGUUUGCAACUUAAUGGAAAUUAAUUGGUAUAUUUGCAUAGUGUUUGCAUUGUUCUAUCAGCAGGUAUUUGCAAUUUUGCAAAUCUCAUUCCAUUUUUUUUUCAUGCAGAAUAUAUUCAGCACAUAUAUGCUGUUAAUAUUACGCAAAUACCAGAAAACUACAUUAAAAAUUACCAUUUUGUUUAACUCCGGCUGAUCAAGUUUUACUCAUUGAAAGAUGUCUGUCUACUUUAGAAUCUUCAUUGAUGAGGGUCAUUUAUGUAGCCAGCCACUCUGGGGGCAAAUAGUUGAGCUAUGCAGAUCCGCAGCAGCGAUUGAGUCCCGUGCUGUUGGCUCUGUGAAUAGAAGAGAAAAUGGGAUAGAAUCCCGCAGGGAAGACAUAAACUUCACCCCUGGACCAUUAAUUCUCAGGAUGAACGAGAGUGGAGCUGGGGAUGACAUGAUAGCACCUGAAGAUGAUGAGGCAUCAGCAACCCCAAGUUCCACACCCCAGGGACAGAGAAUGGGAGCGGAGCCGGCGGGCCUCAGCCACUGAGACCCUCCCAGCGGAUAAGCCCGCAAGGGCAACCCGUGUACCUUGCGCUAG